UAAUUAGCCCACAUAAUAAAAGGGUACAUAUGGGCCUGUUAAAAUAUCAGUGGGCCCAAGACGAUAACAUAAUUAUUUGCGCUGUCUAAUUACGGAUGUGCCACUCCCACGCAUCGCGCGAUUUGGCUGUAGCAAUCCUCCGUAGACAGUCACAGAGAGCAUCUUAUUCGUCUUCUUCACUUACCGGACUAAGCACGAAGCAGCUCCUAUAGGUGAAAAUGUGUUACUCUCUCUCUUUACAAUCGUCAAUCGACUUCCACAACCGCAACGCUCUCAAUGUCCAUGGAAAUCGAGCAAUUUUUUCUUCAAGCUUAGCUACUUUGGGGUUUCCGUCGUUGCCAGAGCGAGAUCGUCGGAGAAAGUUGUACCUCUGCCACGGGAGCGGCGUAGGCUCGUCGAGAUUCGACGGAAACAUUUCCGUUAAGCUACGCGGUAUUCCGCGUCAUCGAUCAAGAGUGUCCUGCAGCGAUGCUCGCCGUAUGCCGGACGAUCGGCACGACGCGAAAGAGACGGCGGUGGAAUUGACGGCGCGACCUGAUUUUUCGGAAUUUAUAACGUCGGAGAGGGUUAAAGUGGUCGCGAUGCUCGCGCUUGCCCUGGCGCUAUGCAAUGCGGACCGCGUUGUGAUGUCCGUCGCGAUUGUGCCUCUUUCGCUUUCUCGUGGAUGGAGCAAGUCGUUUUCCGGUAUCGUUCAGUCAUCGUUCCUAUGGGGAUACCUAAUUUCACCAAUAGCCGGCGGAACUUUGGUGGACCGUUAUGGCGGUAAGGUAGUCAUGACGUGGGGAGUGGCUUUGUGGUCGUUGGCUACAUUCCUUACCCCUUGGGCUGCUGAUACUUCUCUGUGGGCUCUGCUUGCUGCAAGAGCUAUGGUUGGUGUUGCUGAAGGAGUGGCUCUUCCUUGUAUGAACAACAUGGUUGCGAGAUGGUUUCCCCCAACAGAACGUUCUAGGGCUGUAGGCAUUGCAAUGGCGGGGUUUCAGCUUGGGAAUGUAGUUGGACUCCUGCUGUCUCCUAUUCUGAUGUCUCAAGGCGGUAUCUAUGGCCCAUUUGUGAUUUUUGGGUUAUCAGGGUUCUUGUGGAUGCUCGUUUGGCUAUCUGCUACGUCGAGUACGCCAGAUCGGCAUCCUCAGAUUACAAAGUCUGAGCUCGAGUACAUUAACCAGAAGCGGCGAGCAUCUACUAGGGAGAACAGACGAAACACCACAAGCGUAAUACCUCCUUUUAGACGCCUACUCUCCAAGAUGCCUACUUGGGCUGUUAUAGUUGCAAAUUCCAUGCAUAGCUGGGGUUUCUUUGUGCUUCUUUCAUGGAUGCCGAUCUACUUCAAUUCAGUGUAUCAUGUGAACCUCAAACAAGCUGCUUGGUUUAGUGCCGUUCCGUGGAGUAUGAUGGCUUUCACAGGAUACAUUGCUGGCUUUUGGUCGGACUUGUUGAUACGGCGUGGUACAAGCAUCACCGUAACGCGAAAAAUCAUGCAGUCCAUUGGUUUUAUUGGUCCUGGGAUUGCUCUCAUUGGUCUAACCACAGCAAAACGGCCUUUAAUAGCAUCUGCGUGGCUAAGUUUAGCCGUUGGGCUUAAAUCAUUCAGCCACUUGGGUUUUCUUAUCAAUCUUCAGGAAAUCGCUCCAGAAUAUUCCGGUGUUCUACAUGGAAUGUGUCUGACUGCUGGGACUUUGGCUGCAAUAGUUGGUACAGUUGGAGCUGGUUUCUUUGUAGAACUAUUGGGCUCCUUCCAAGGAUUCAUCCUUCUCACUGCAAUUUUGUACCUACUCUCUGCUCUCUUUUUCAACGUAUAUUCAACUGGAGAAAGAGUCGAUUUUGACACAACAGUACUAAACAACGGUGCUUAUCCACUAUCAAAGAUUAAGCACUGUGCGUUGUUUAGUGCAAGUAGUUAUGUGUGUGUAAGUUGGCAAUGGAAGCUUGCGAGAACAUCUAAGAUGGUUACGAACGUCGGAGAAACUGAAUCAAUAGCUAAAGGGCACGGGAAGAAGAGAAAAGUGAAGGUGCAGUUCUUAGAAAAUGAUCCAUGGUCCCCAGUAGAAAUACAAGGUAGAUUCUCCAUAAUAAGCUCUCAAGUGUCCGUUCAUCUCUUUCCAAAUUCUGCGAUGGCAAACGACAAUAAGAAGGCUGCGACUGGUUUUCCGGAGAAAGUCUCGGCGAAGGCGAACCCGGAGGCCAAUGAAGCUACGGAUAUCGCCGGGAAUAUCAUCUACCACGCCAAGUACAGUCCGCAUUUCUCUCCAUUGAAGUUCGGGCCUGAGCAAGCUCUCUACGCCACAGCAGAGAGCCUUCGCGAUCGUCUCAUUCAGCUGUGGAAUGAGACUUAUCUCCAUUUUAACAAAGUUGAUCCAAAACAAACAUACUACUUGUCAAUGGAGUAUCUCCAAGGUCGUGCUUUGACUAACGCUAUUGGAAAUUUGGACCUUCAAGGUCCAUAUGCUGAUGCACUACGUACUCUGGGUUAUGAGCUUGAGGAGAUAGCCGAGCAGGAGAAAGAUGCAGCUCUGGGAAAUGGUGGUUUGGGCAGACUCGCCUCGUGCUUCUUAGAUUCGAUGGCCACCCUAAAUUUGCCUGCUUGGGGUUACGGGUUGAGGUACAGACAUGGCCUUUUUAAGCAACUAAUCACAAAGAAUGGUCAAGAAGAGGUUGCAGAGGACUGGCUUGAGAAGUUCAGCCCGUGGGAAAUUGCCAGGCAUGAUGUAAUGUUCCCUGUCAGAUUUUUCGGCAGUGUGCAGAUAAAUCCAGAUGGAUCACGGAAGUGGGUAGGCGGCGAUGUUGUACAAGCUCUUGCUUAUGAUGUGCCAAUCCCAGGAUAUAAAACAAAGAACACAAUCAGUCUCCGCCUUUGGGAAGCAAAAGCUAGAGCGGAGGAUCUUGACCUUUUUCGGUUCAACGAAGGAGAGUAUGAAUUGGCUGCGCAGCUAGAUUCCCGAGCUCAACAGAUUUGCACUGUCUUAUAUCCAGGAGAUGCUACCGAGAAUGGGAAGCUAUUGCGAUUGAAACAGCAGUUCUUUCUCUGCAGUGCUUCGCUUCAGGAUAUUAUAUCAAGAUUUAACGAGAGGAACACCGGUGAAGGCAGCCGGAAAUGGUCAGAGUUUCCAAGUAAAGUUGCUGUUCAAAUGAAUGACACACACCCAACUCUUGCAAUCCCUGAGCUCAUGCGAUUGCUAAUGGAUGACAAUGGACUUGGAUGGGAUGAAGCUUGGGAUGUGACAUCAAGGACCGUUGCUUACACUAAUCACACCGUCCUUCCUGAAGCCUUAGAGAAAUGGUCACAAUCUUUGAUGUGGAAGCUUCUUCCUCGUCAUAUGGAGAUCAUAGAAGAGAUCGAUAAGAGGUUUGUGCAAACCAUACGCAACACCCGUGUAGAUCUCGAGGACAAGCUUUCAACUUUGAGCAUCUUAGAUAAUAACCCGCAGAAGCCAGUUGUGAGAAUGGCUAACUUAUGUGUUGUAUCCUCGCACACGGUGAAUGGUGUUGCUCAGUUACACAGUGAUAUCUUAAAGGCUGAGUUAUUUGGAGACUAUGUCUCUAUUUGGCCAAACAAGUUUCAAAACAAGACUAAUGGCAUCACACCUCGAAGGUGGCUUCGUUUCUGCAACCCUGAGCUCAGUAAAAUAAUCACAAAGUGGUUGAAGACUGACAAAUGGAUCACCGAUCUUGACCUACUAACGGGUCUUCGGCAGUUUGCGGAAAAUGAGGAACUCCAAUCUGAGUGGGCUUCCGCAAAGGCGGCCAACAAGCAACGUUUGGCUCAGUAUAUAGAGCGUGUGACUGGUGUAAGUAUUGAUCCAAACAGCUUGUUUGACAUACAAGUUAAGCGUAUCCACGAAUACAAGAGGCAGCUUCUGAACAUUCUUGGAGUAAUAUACGACUUCAUCUCUCUAAAGGGGAUGAAGCCUGAAGAAAGGAAGAAAGCAGUUCCUCGUACUGUCAUGGUUGGGGGUAAAGCCUUUGCAACCUAUACAAAUGCCAAACGGAUAGUGAAGCUAGUGAAUGAUGUGGGUAACGUUGUUAACAGCGAUCCAGAGGUCAACGAAUACCUAAAGGUGGUAUUUGUUCCAAACUACAAUGUCACUGUAGCAGAGAUACUUAUACCCGGAUGCGAUCUAUCUCAGCACAUCAGCACAGCAGGCAUGGAGGCAAGUGGUACCAGCAAUAUGAAAUUCGCUCUCAACGGUAGCCUUAUCAUAGGAACCCUUGAUGGAGCAAAUGUUGAGAUAAGAGACGAGAUUGGCGAAGAAAACUUCUUUCUCUUUGGUGCAACAGCCGACCAGGUCCCUCGACUCCGCAAAGAAAGAGAAGACGGGCGGUUCAAGCCAGAUCCUCGGUUCGAAGAGGUGAAGAAGUUUGUCAAAAGUGGAGUGUUUGGGAGCUACGAUUACGGUCCGCUCCUGGAUUCUCUUGAGGGUAACACAGGUUAUGGACGUGGUGAUUACUUCCUGGUUGGGCAUGACUUCGCGAGCUACAUGGAUGCUCAGGGCAAAGUUGAGGAAACUUUCAAGGACCGAAAGAAAUGGCUGAAGAUGUCGAUAUUGAGCACAGCCGGAUCCGGAAAAUUCAGCAGUGACCGUACAAUAGCUCAGUAUGCCAAAGAGAUUUGGAACAUUGAGGCCUGUCCUGUUCCCUAAGCUGUUCUACCGUUCGCACAGAUCCUACCUUCCUUACCAAGGCAUCUCCACAUCCACACAGCUCCAGAGUCGAUGUAUGUCUUAUAUAUGGAUAUUCGUAAGAAUAUAACCUAUAUGAAAUAAGUAAUGAACCUAUUCGUAUAUAAAUCUUGUUGUUUGCAAUAUUGUUAAUUUUGCUCAAUAAAACGGUUCGAUACUUCUAUAAAAUAUGAAUGACACUGGUGUAUUCGAUUAUGUAUUGUCCCAAAUUUAACUCGUUAUUGUUGAUCACACUUGAUUGGAUAUUUUAUUUUGCAUACACUGUAUCUGAAUUGUGGUUAUUUGUUUCUACAGCUAGUGAGCUUCGGACUAAAUUUCUGAACUGAAAGCCAAACCAAAAUUUAUAUGAAUAGCUGAUUCAUACCAAAAUUGUUCGAAAUAAUAAUAAUAAAAAAAGCAUAUUCCAUGAAAAAAGAGUAGUUGUUG